AUGCCGUGUCCGUUACCAGAAGAGAUCUCGCUUGAAAUAAGAAAAAUAUGGAAAAAGAGAGUGCCACACCAUAUCAUGUUACAGAACGCUGAUGAUUGUAUCACGUUCACUAAUAGUCGAGAUAUCACAGUACAGGCGAGCAAUAGAAACAAUUUUAUUGAAGUUUGGGGAAAAUAUGGUUUGAUGGAUGACGGUAGUGUCCACUUUUUAAGAUGUUUUGUGAAAGAAAUAAAUCGCAAUAUUUAUAUCAUGCGGAUUCCUGUGUCCAAGGAUAAAAAGUGUCAUGCACAAGUUGAUCCAGAAUUGGUGGAAUUACCGGAAAACUGGUCAUGGAAUAAGAAGCAUAUUCUUGAAGAACAUUAUCCGUAUUGGUUUCGUUAUGAAACCUUUGAUAAUGAUGAAUGUAUUUUUCGCUCAUUGUAUAAUGGACAGUAUCUUCUUAAACAGACUGACGAUUUUAAAUCUGUAGAGUUUUUAUAUGUACAUGAGAAAGAGACUGAUUAUUUUAAACUACCAACUUACUAUUUCUUCAGAAUAUUUAAAUAUCAGCCUUCAAUAAGAUAUCGUCUUCAUCCAGACUUACAGAACCUCCUAUACCACCAUUUACCUAGGAUAAUAUCAUGUUUAAAAGGACAAAAUAUACAACGUAGGCCUACUUGA